AUGUUCUCCGGCCUGGCGCAAAAGGCAGCGCUCAAAAAAAUCGGCUUGCCAUCUGACACCUUCUCACAAAUCUCCAACGCCUUCAGCAAUGACACCUCGUCAUCACCACAACCGUCCAGGCAACCAAACAAACUCAGGAAAUCACCCCCAGACCCCAACAACACCGACAACAAAUCCUGGUUCUCGGUUUCCUCCCUCCCACUAACCGUCCAACCCUGGCUCUCCCCACCACCACCCCCAGUCCCAGUUUCCAAACCCCCCAGAAUAGGCGACCUAGCUCCCACGGACCCAGACCGCAUCUUAUCACCGCAACUCGGCCCCUCAGGUGGAAACCGCAAGACAAUCGUUGUCUUUCUCCGCUGCGUCGGUUGUGCCUUCGCCCAACAAACCUUCACCGACCUCCGCAACCUCUCCCUCAAACACCGCGAUGUAGCCUUCCUAGCAGUAUCCCACUCCUCCCCCGCCGCCACAGAGAAAUGGGUUUCCCUCAUCGGCGGCAAGGGCAACGUCAAGAUCGUCUACGACCCCCAACGCAAGAUCUACGCUAGCUGGGGCAUGGGGACGGGUGGGUGGGGCUACUUGCUGAACGUGAACACGCAGGUGAACGGGUUCAAGACGAAGGGGUGGUUGGGAACGACUGUGGCGGCGAGUGUGGAGAGGACAGAGGGGUUUAGUUCGAUGAAGAGGCUGGGGCAGGGGGAGGUGGAGGAGGGGAUGAAGAUGGGGAAUAAGUGGCAGGAGGCUGGGGGGUGGGCGGUGGAUGGGAGGGGGAGGGUGGUUUGGGGGGGGAAGCUUGCAAAGGCGGAUGAGAGUUUGGGGUUGGAGGAGGGGGUGAGUCUGUUGAAAUUGUGA